UUUAAGCUGCUCCUCUCCCUCCCUCCCGAAGGAGGCGGGGUCACGUGAUGUUUUCGCCGUGGUGCCGCCGCGGCUGCUUGCCUGUGUGGAGAGCUAGCGAGUGAGGCAGAGCGGGGCGAGUGGACGGGGAGCCCUGCGCGCUCCAAACGGCUGGCAGCGAGUGAGCGGGUGGGCGCACGCUCCGCCGGUGGGCCGGCUUCGCGCCUCCCCCUGCGGGGAACGGCCGGCGUGGACGCAGACUGUGGCCACCCAUGUCCAGCCGGGCCCGGGAGACCCUUCGCCUCUGAGGAGGGCGGCUCUUCCACCCCCCUCGCGCGCCCGCCCUCCCCCCCCCCUCGCUGCACAAGCGCGGCGCCGCCUGGCUCGGCGGUCCGGACCCUGCCCUGGCCCCUUAAAAUGGCGAGCGGGAUGCUCGGCGGAGAAGGCGGCUGCACCGUGCUGGAGGCGAGAGACCGGGCUGCGGGCAUCGCCGCUGGAGCACCAGGCGGCGGAGGCGGCUUCAGCCACAACCAGCGGGCCAGCGCGUCCAGGCUUGCCGCUACUGCUGCUACUACUGCUGCUGCUGCUGCUGCUACCGAGGAGGACCAGGAGCUGAUGGAAGGCGCCCCUUGCCCGCCGCCCGCGCAGCCCCCGCACCAUCUGAUGCUUCUUCUCAGGAGAUCCCCCAGCAGCUCCCUCUGCCUUGUCCAGGAGGAGGACGCCUCGGCGACCGGGGGCAAUGCUGGCGCGGGGCGAGGGGGCGCCGUGGCCUCAUCGCGAGCCGGCCCCUCGGCGCCCUCCAGCCGGGCAGCUGCCCCGCCGGCAGCGUCCGUUGUCGCCUUCGGGGACGACGUGAGGAAAUGCGGCUACCUAAGGAAGCAGAAGCAUGGCCACAAGAGGUACUUCGUGCUGCGGGUGGAGAGUCACCUGGCCCCGGCCAGGCUGGAGUACUACGACAGCGAGAAGAAGUUCAAGAGCAGCAUGAGGGCGGCGGCGGCGGCGGCUGGUGGGAGCGCAGCCCUCUGCUGCCCACCCCCGAAGCGGGUGAUUCCUCUGUACCAGUGCUUCACGGUUAGCCGGAGGGCAGAUGCCAAGCACAAGCACAUCAUCGCCCUGUACACCAAGGAUGAGUACUUUGCAAUGGUUGCCGAAAACGAGACUGAGCAGGAGAGCUGGUACCAGGCAAUCAGUGAGCUCAUGAGCCAAAGCAAGAGGGGGUUCUUGGAGCAGGAAGACCAGGCUGAUCCGCAGCUGGAUGACGACGACGAGCAUUACGGGACUGCUCUUCGGCCAGGGACCGUCUUCAAAGAAGUUUGGCAAGUAAACGUGAAACCCAAGGGACUGGGGCAGACAAAGAAUUUGACGGGGGUGUACAGAUUGUGUCUUUCCACCAAGGCCAUCCACCUUGUUAAGCUGAAUAGUGAGGUGCCCUCUGUCCACUUACAGCUAAUGAACAUUCGGCGGUGUGGGCAUUCAGAAAAUUUCUUUUUCAUUGAGGUGGGCAGAUCUGCCUCCAUUGGGCCAGGUGAGCUUUGGAUGCAAGUGGAUGAUUCAGUGGUGGCCCAGAAUAUGCACGAAACCUUCCUAGAAACCAUGAAAGCUUUGAAAGCCUUCUCUGAGUUUAGGCCUCGCAGUAAGAGCCAGUCUUCCGGUGGUGGUAGCAGCACCAACCCCAUUUCCUUCAUUAGUACUAGGAGGCACCUGGGUAACCUGCCACCUAGCCAGACUGGCUUACAAAGAAGAUCCAGAACUGAAAGUGUUACUGGGGGGACCCCUCCAACCACCAAGAGUAGUAGCUCUUACCGUUUCAGAACUUCCAGUGAAGGGGAGGGGACAAUGACCAGACCAUUUAGGUCAGUUACUGGAAGUUUGAUUCAUCUGAAUACUGCAAGGAUGAAUUUGGGGCGUCAAGAAGGAAGUGGACGAUAUGUUAGAGCAGCAUUUAGUGCAUCUUAUCACACCAGGUCUGCAUCUCUGCCAGUGUCUCAUUUCCCUUCCACUACUAGUCCCAUCAGUGUUUCUUCAAGUAGUGGCCAUGGAUCAGCUUCUGAUACCUUCAUCAGGCCUUCCAGUUCAUCUGUCUGUGGGUCCCCAAGUGAUGGAGGUUUCAUUUCUUCCGAUGAAUAUGGUUCCAGCCCUGGCGACUUCAGGUACUUCCGUGUGAGGAGUAAUACCCCAGAUUCCUUGGGCAAUACGCCUCCAAUCAGAGAAGAAAAUUGUUUAAAUGAAUACAUGUCAAUGAGCAAGCAGCAAAUAGAUAAUAAUAGUUCAAGAGAUGAUUACCGGGAGGCUGAAAAAUGCUUCAGAAAAAGAACUUACUCUCUAACUAAGCCUGCUUCUAUACCAGCACAGCAGAAAACAACCCAAACAGCAACUUCAUUAGAUGAAGUUUCUUCAGGAAGCCAUGGACGUCUGCCUUUUUCUGAAUCGCCAAAAUUCAAAAAUAACCCUGAACCAGUGUAUGGGGAAUCUGCCCUUGAUUCUGUAUGCAAUCAAAGCAGGAAUAAAGCCAGAGAUGAUGGAUACAUGCCAAUGAUGCCAGGAGUUGCAUCUUCUUUUGCAAGCAACAGUGAUUAUCUGCCAAUGACUCCUAAAAGUGUGUCUGUUCCAAAGCAGAUAAACAAUUCCUGGCCAUCAUCGCAGGCUGACUCCAAAGGAUAUAUGAUGAUGUUUCCUAGGGCUAUCUCUUCACCUGUACGUAGUCCUUUAACUGGCUUUAAUAAAAGUGGCAAUGAGAAGUUGGCAAACAAUGAGUAUAUGGAUAUGUCACCUGGAAACUCAGCUGCUCCAAAGCAACCUAGUGAUUCAAAUUAUAUGCAUACCAACACCAGUUCCAAAAACUUUAGCUCAUAUUUCUCUCUCCCACGAAGCUUUAAGACUCUGUCAGGAGAAAAUGGUGAGCAUGAUGAAUACGUUCCAAUGUCAUCACCAGGAAAAUUAUUGUAUAGUGGAGCUGAAAAUGACAACAAUAUCAGUAAUGUUCUGGCUAAUGGCCAUUCCAAAUCAUCUAUGCUGAAAGCUUCAGAUGAAGGACUUGAACAGAACAGAAUUACCAGGCCUACAAGACUUCCAUUAGGCACUAGAGGUAGUAACACUAUACCAAGAAUGUAUGAUCGAACAAUUCCACUUGAGCCAUCUAGUCCUGGUGAAUAUAUAAAUAUUGACUUUGGUGAAAAGGCAAGUAAUACACCUUAUUCUUUAUCUGCAGAAGGAUCGCCAUCAUCUCUUGGCUCCAGUAGUGACCAUAGGCAGUCACCACUUUCUGACUACAUGAGUGUUGAUCUUGAUGUUCAGUCACCAAAGGCUGCUAAAGAACUAUCCAACUCCUUGACAGAUAUUUCAAUUUAUGCAAGUUCUAGUAUUCCCAGAAAUCCACCUGAUUCAGAUUAUGCUAGGCUCUCAUUUGGUACUGCUUGUGUUAGCAAAGGAAGUGGUAGGAUUGAUGACUAUACAGAAAUGACCUUCAACAUGGCAGCAAUGCCACCUGGACCAUUUACCACCGAAAGCAAAAAUGGCUUAAAGAUUGAUAGUCCUCCUUCCAUUGUUAAUAGACUGUGCAUUGUUGACCAAUAUGCUGGUAGCAGUGAGUUCUCUGUUCCUAGUCCUGAUCCGCCAGUAGUACCUAAAGUUAUUCGUGCUGAUCCACAGGGAAGGAGAAGGCAUAGCUCUGAAACAUUUUCUUCCACUGGCACUGUUACCACUUCCUCUUCUUUCUUUACUGAUAGUAGCAAAAGGCACAGCUCUGCCUCUUUUGACAAUGUGUGGUUGAAACCUGAAGAACACAUUUCAGAUGGCCAUGAAAGCAAGAUGUCCAGAGAUACUUCAACUGGAUUUCAGAAUGGCUUGAACUAUAUAGCUCUAAAUUUACAAGAUAAUUCUCUAAACUGUGAGGAGAGCCCUAGUUCACCAAACUGCCACCUCCCAAAUGGUACUUUGAAUCUGGAAAGUGGAGUGUAUGUGAGCAUAGACUUCAGCAGAUCAGAUGGUUUGAAGUGCAACUCUGCAAGGAAAGACUGAUGGCAUUACUAUGGAAACCAUUGUGAGAAGAGCAGGCUUUCCAGCUGGUAUCUCCAUAACUGUGUGGUGCUUUUGAAAGCAGAGCCCAUCUUCAGUCAACUCCAUUCACUUCCACCAGCACAGACACA